GGCAUUCAUUGUUACUCUCUGGAGUUUACCAAACGAUUCAACCUCCUUUCUUCCCCGUCUCUUUCUCUCUCUAAAAAUCAUUUUAACACCCGUUCAUCGUUUCUCUCUCUACCCAACCUGUACAAUACAAUUACGUUCAUGACAGUUCGACAUCGAUCCAUCGAUCGAAGUAGAGAGAGAAAGGCAGAGUAAUCUAUAACAUCUCUGCAACAACUUCGAUACACAAAUGGCGAUUCUUUACGCGGUGGUUGCUAGGGGCACGACGGUGCUAGCGGAGUUCAGCGCUGUCACCGGCAACACCGGCGCUGUGGCCCGCCGGAUUCUGGAGAAGCUGCCAUCGGAGGCCGAUUCGAGGCUCUGUUUCUCUCAGGAUCGAUACAUAUUCCACAUACUUAGAUCGGACGGUCUCAGCUUUCUUUGCAUGGCCAACGACACCUUUGGAAGGAGAAUUCCUUUUUCAUACUUGGAGGAUAUUCACAUGAGGUUCAUGAAAAACUAUGGUAGAGUGGCUCCAUAUGCACCUGCUUAUGCAAUGAAUGAUGAAUUCUCAAGGGUCUUGCAUCAGCAAAUGGAAUUUUUUUCCAGCAAUCCUAGUGCGGAUACUCUCAAUCGUGUUAGAGGUGAAGUUGGUGAGAUACGCACUAUCAUGGUGGAUAACAUUGAGAAGAUAUUGGAAAGAGGUGAUAAGAUUGAGCUUCUCGUUGACAAAACUGCAACCAUGCAAGACGGUGCAUUUCACUUUAAAAAACAGUCUAAGCGCCUUCGUCGAGCUCUUUGGAUGAAAAAUGCCAAGCUCUUGGCCUUGUUGACAUGCUUGAUUGUUGUGUUACUGUACAUAAUAAUAGCUGCUUGUUGUGGAGGCCUCACUCUACCAUCCUGCAGAUCAUGACUUGCACUUUUGUCAUAGUGAGUUUCAGCUGAGGUAUGCGAAUGACGACUUUCCAGUUGAUGAUGCAUCUCUCAGUAUAUUGAAUUGGGGUCUCAACUGUCUCACGGCCCAGGUUUUCAAUGUUUGAUUGAAAAAAAUUGCCUAUAUCUUGAAGGUUACGGAAAUAAUCCCGAUGAUCCUCUCAUUGUUGUUGCACUUUGUGUGAUUUAGUGUGAAAGGCAUGAUGAGUAUUGUAUUGUUGUUUCUCUAUAUUUGUAAAUGCUGAGAAUUUUUGUGUAGUAUUCUACCAUUUAUCUUCAAACUGCUGCUUGUGAUGUCAUGGCAUCUUCUGUUUCUGAACAUAGUUUAUUCAGCAAGAUUAACUGAACUUAUUCAAUGUGUGACCAUAUAUAUAUAUAUUUUUUUAUUCA